AUGCAAAAUGGUUCCUAUCAGGUGUGCCCGGGCACCCGUGCCUGUCCAGUCCCAGUGGGUCCUCCGGUGGUGCAGGAUUCGAACGAAUCGCAAAACGUCAACCCAACGGUCAAUACAAGCAUGCUACUUUUGCAAACACAGACAAAUUUCGGCACCAGCAACUUUGCUGAUCUUAUUUCAACACCGUAUGGCGACAUUUCAUCCAGCGUUCUCAACGAAGAUUUAGAAUCGUUUCCUGAAGUGGUUUUUCAGACACAACAACAACUGCCCCCGCCACAGCAACCACCGCCUCAACAAGCUACAGCACCACCACAACAGCAAGACCAACAGCAACAAAGCGGUUCGACGUCACCUCAAACAUUACCUAGUUUUCAAGAAACUUAUUCUGUUAGGUAUUCGCCGACUGCAGAUCAGUUGAACAUUAAGAUGGACGAAGACUGUUUUAACGUACAGACAGCUGGAUAUCAUCAUCAUCAUCACCAUCACCACCACCAUAUGCAAACGCCAGUUUACGAAUAUUCGAGUCCGCACGCACAUCAAUAUACUCCCGGAUAUUAUCAGUCGCCCCAUUCGGGAUAUGAAACGCACGCUAUUAAUCCCCAAAACUCAUAUUCAUUACCUACAUUCCCUACCGGUGCUGUUCCGCCAAUUUCCAUAGUCCCCGCAGGAACGGCUUUAACAGCGAGGCAGAGACGAGCGUCACUGCCGCUCCAAAGGUCUGAGUCCACCAGCAGCAGUGAGAGUCCUGCACCGCGACCACCACCAGCCCUGAGCGCAUCGUCAUCCGCAUCUUCUUCGCCGGGAUGCCCGCCACAGAGUCCAUCACAACUGUGCGCUGUAUGCGGAGACACGGCCGCUUGCCAGCAUUACGGUGUUCGAACAUGCGAAGGUUGUAAAGGUUUCUUUAAAAGAACAGUCCAAAAAGGUUCGAAAUACGUUUGUCUGGCAGACAAAGCUUGCCCGGUAGAUAAAAGGCGUCGAAAUAGGUGUCAAUUUUGCCGAUUCCAAAAAUGUUUAGCCGUAGGUAUGGUCAAAGAAGUAGUUCGCACAGAUUCUUUAAAAGGAAGACGUGGUCGAUUACCAUCUAAACCCAAAUCUCCGCAAGAAUCGCCUCCAUCGCCGCCUGUUUCCAUGAUCACAGCGUUGGUAAGAGCACAUGUGGACACAACACCUGACUUAGCAAGCCUAGAUUAUUCCUUAUAUCGUGAACCUGCACCUGUGGAACCCACAAUUUGUGAAGCUGAUAAAGUACAACAGUUCUACGCUUUAUUAACAACAUCUGUAGAUGUCAUACGUCAUUUUGCCGAUAAAUUACCAGGAUUUACAGAUCUCAAUACAGAGGAUCAAGAGCUUUUGUUUCAAAGUGCAUCACUAGAAUUAUUCGUAUUGCGAUUAUCGUACCGAACGCGAGCGCAUGAUACUAAAAUGAUAUUUUGCAAUGGUGUGGUUCUGGAUAAGCAGCAGUGUCAGCGUUCAUUCGGUGACUGGUUACACGCUAUUUUAGACUUCAGUGACAGUUUGCACUCCAUGGAAAUUGAUAUCUCAGCUUUCGCCUGCUUAUGUGCCCUCACACUGGUUACAGAAAGGCACGGUCUGAAAGAGCCGCGAAAAGUCGAACAGUUGCAAAUGAAAAUCAUAAGCUCUCUGCGUGACCACGUGACAUACAACGCGGAAGCCCAACGCAAGGCCCAUUACUUCAGCCGCUUACUAGGCAAACUUCCCGAGCUGAGGUCGCUGAGCGUGCAAGGUCUUCAGCGAAUAUUUUACCUAAAACUCGAAGACUUAGUUCCAGCACCGCCUCUCAUUGAAAACAUGUUCGUUGCCAGUUUACCAUUUUAG